AGCAGGAAGAGCGAGCGAGAGAGAAAAGAGAGCAUUGACUUUUGCUGCAGCUUCACACCCACACAGGUCCCCACGCACAUUCUCGAUCCGAACUCGGCGUUCUUCCCCAACGGCAGAGGCUCGAACGUGAAACAAACCCAGAACAAAGUCGAAGAAAAUCGAGAGAGAGACCUCGCCUUCACGCCGUUGUGUUGUUUGGAGCUGCAGGGAAUCUGAGAAAAUGGAGUCAUUCGACGCCGGGGACGCCGAAGCCGAAGAGCACCCCACGUCCCCGACUCGCAGGCACCCCACCACCCGAGCCCUUUCCAGGACGACGCCUUCAUGGGCUACGAACCCGCCUUCGCCCCCUCCGACGACGUCUCCGCCGACGCUGCCCCUCCCUCCGCCGAGGAGGCAGACAUCUUCGGGGACGCCGGCGGUGCCGGGUACGGCGACAGCCAGGCGUCGCCCGAGGUCUAUGGGUUCGGCGUAACGACCCCGGACCCGGAUUUCGUCUCGCCCUUCGAGUCGGCGGUGAACGGAGUAGAGGAGGAGGGCGGUGGAGGUGGUUUCGUGUCGGAUGGGCCUCUGCUGCCCCCGCCGAGCGAGAUGGUCGAGGAAGGUGCCGCUCGACGUGAGUGGAGACGUCAGAACGCCAUUCAACUCGAGGAAAAGGAGAAGAGGGAGAAGGAGAUGCGGGAGCAGAUAAUUGCUGAGGCUGAGGAGUAUAAACAAGCUUUCUACGAGAAGAGGAAGCUCAACUGCGAAACAAACAAGGCCGAUAACAGAGAAAGAGAGAAGCUGUACUUGGCCAACCAAGAGAAGUUCCACAAGGAAGCUGACAAGCAUUACUGGAAAGCCAUAGCUGAGAUCAUCCCUCGAGAAGUUCCAAACAUAGAGAAGAGAGGGAAGAGGGACGCCGAGAAAAAGCCCUCAGUGGUGCUCGUUCAGGGGCCAAAGCCAGGAAAGCCAACGGAUCUUUCGAGAAUGAGGCAAGUUUUGUUCAAGCUGAAACAGCACCCUCCGCCUCACAUGAUGCCUCCCCCAUCGCCACCGUCCACGAAAGAUGGGAAGGAGACGAAAGAUGGGAACGAGAAGGACACAAAGGAAGGGAGCAAGGACGAAAAGAGUGGGAAAAUUCCUGCGGUUGCCACAUCUUGUGAUGUUCCUGGGAGCGCCGCAGAAAAACCUGCCGCAGAGAAGCUGGCAACCCCUCCCAAAGUCACCCCCGACGGUGGUGACUCUGGGAAAGCAGAGGUUCCUGAAGCUCCUGAGGGAGAAAAAGCUGCAGAAUCGGGGGCAGCCGCUGCCGAGUGAUGCACUCUUCCAUUCUCUUUCUUAUUCGAUUAACUUUCUUUCUCUUCUUUUGGUUAAUUGAAUGCUUACAAGCUGCCUCUGGCAAAAAAUAAGCACAACUUCUUGUAUGUGCCUCAGAGCAGAGUCAAGUGCAGAGCUUUUAAUCCUAACUUGCUCUAGGCUUUCUGAGGUUUCGGUGGGAAAUAACUUCGACUGCUUUCUUUACAUGAU